CUCCGAUCGUCGACUACACUCUGUGUUCGGUGCUGGAUCGGUCGACAGUGCGGCAGUGUCGCUGCGUAGAACUUGUACAUAACUUCCUUUUUUACACGAGAAAUAUAAAACAAGAGAGCAAACAUGUGCGACGAAGAGGUUGCUGCGCUCGUAGUCGACAAUGGAUCCGGUAUGUGUAAGGCCGGUUUCGCUGGAGACGACGCUCCCCGUGCCGUCUUUCCGUCGAUCGUCGGAAGGCCGCGUCACCAGGGUGUCAUGGUCGGCAUGGGGCAGAAGGAUUCUUAUGUCGGUGACGAGGCCCAGUCGAAGAGAGGUAUCCUGACGUUGAAGUAUCCGAUCGAGCAUGGUAUCGUUACCAACUGGGACGACAUGGAGAAGAUCUGGCAUCACACGUUCUACAAUGAGCUGCGAGUGGCUCCCGAGGAGCAUCCGGUCCUCCUCACCGAGGCGCCCCUGAAUCCCAAGGCUAACCGCGAGAAGAUGACGCAGAUCAUGUUCGAGACGUUCAACACGCCCGCCAUGUACGUGGCGAUCCAAGCCGUGUUGUCGCUGUACGCCUCCGGUCGUACCACCGGUAUCGUGCUCGACUCCGGCGACGGUGUCUCCCACACCGUGCCGAUCUACGAGGGAUACGCUCUGCCGCACGCGAUUCUCCGUCUGGACUUGGCCGGUCGCGAUCUGACCGACUAUCUCAUGAAGAUCCUCACCGAGAGAGGAUACUCAUUCACGACCACGGCCGAGCGCGAGAUCGUCCGUGACAUUAAGGAGAAGCUCUGCUACGUUGCGUUGGACUUCGAGCAGGAGAUGGCCACGGCCGCGUCGUCCUCCAGCUUGGAGAAGAGCUACGAGCUGCCCGAUGGACAGGUCAUCACCAUCGGCAACGAGCGAUUCCGUUGCCCGGAAGCGCUCUUCCAGCCCUCGUUCCUAGGUAUGGAAGCCUGCGGCAUCCACGAGACCACGUACAACUCGAUCAUGAAGUGCGACGUCGACAUCCGUAAGGAUCUCUACGCCAACACCGUGUUGUCCGGCGGUACCACCAUGUACCCGGGUAUCGCCGACAGGAUGCAGAAGGAGAUCACCGCCUUAGCGCCGUCUACCAUGAAGAUCAAGAUCAUCGCGCCGCCCGAGAGGAAAUACUCCGUAUGGAUCGGCGGCUCGAUCCUCGCCUCGCUCUCCACCUUCCAACAGAUGUGGAUCUCCAAGCAGGAGUACGACGAGUCCGGACCUUCCAUCGUCCACAGGAAGUGCUUCUAAACGCCUUUCCGAAUCGCAUCUACUAUCAUUCCCCGAUCCCUUGAGAUUUGGAGAAAGAGAGAGAGAGAGAGAGAGCGGCUUCUGUCUCGUUUCGCAGGCGGACGUAACAUCAACUUCCGCGACGAUUGCCCUCUGGUUCCUCCGGGGUGCAGGUAGCUUCUUUCGAUUCAAAUGUACGUGUUUAAGAUACGCGAGACUGGCGUGUCCGAUUAAACGAGGAGAGAGGAGCUCACGGUAUAUCGCCCUCCUCCCGCGAUUGUUCCUCGGUCUCGGCGGUAUAACCCAAUAAUAAACCGGCGGUUUUCAUUCUUGCUCUCGUUUGAACGCGAUCAUUUCACUGUAAACUUUCGUCAUCGAUUUCCGAUGAUUCUGUUGUUAUUAUGAUUAUUAUAAUUACACGUGUCCCCACACGCAUACGCAUACA